UUUUACGUAAUACCAGUCGACGCGACGACGCGGGCGUAGUGCCACCGAUUGGCCCCGCCACCCACCUCCCACUACUCAGUCACUGCAUCGCGACUCGCAAUUGUCACACUGAUUGAAACGUCCGAUCACAUAAACUAGUUUAAUGUGUAUGAGAAGAUUGCUGUUUUUCAAUUAAUAUUAACUAGCAAAAAUGUCAGAAAAACAAUAUAUUUUGGGAAUGGAUAUUGGCACAACUUCUGUUAAAGUAUGUGUCUACGAUCCCGAUACUAGUGAAUUGGUGGCUAAACAAAAUAAGGAUACCGCAGCGAACAUUCCUAGUGAUCAAGGAAUUGAAGGGAAUAAGCAGGAUGUUCCAAAAAUAGUAUCCGCUGUACAUUAUUGCGUCUCACGACUAUCUAAAGAUGUUUUACGGCACGUUAAGAAAAUUGGUGUUUGCGGUCAAAUGCAUGGUGUUGUUUUAUGGAAAAAUGGAGCUUGGGAAAAAAUAGAAAAAGAUGGUGUUGUUAUACGUUUUGAAGGUGUCAGAAAACAAAUGUCAGCAUUAUACACUUGGCAAGAUACGAGAUGCAAACCUGAGUUUUUGGAAACAUUACCAAAGCCGGACUCACAUUUAAAAUGUUACUCUGGCUAUGGCUGUGCAACCCUUUUAUGGAUGCUUAAAAAUAAACCAGAAAAGCUUAAGAAUUUCACUUGUGCUGCGACUGUACAAGAUUUUAUUGUGGCUAUGCUCUGCAAUCUAGACUAUCCAAUAACAUCGAAUCAAAAUGCGGCUAGUUGGGGCUAUUUUAAUACGGAGAAAAAUGAAUGGAACUUGGAUAUAUUAAACUCAAUAGAUUUCCCAAUCAAUCUUUUGCCAAAAAUUAUUAAGAGUGGAGCAAUAGCAGGAACACUGAGUAGUUCUUGGAAUGGAAUCCCAGAAGGCACUCCAAUAGGUGUGGCUAUGGGGGAUCUUCAAUGUUCAAUUUUUGCUACUCUUGAAACUAAACAAGAUGCUGUAUUGAACAUAUCUACCUCAGCUCAACUAGCUAUUGUUGUUGAUGAAAUUAGUGAUUUAGGAUGCAAAACUAUUGAACAUUUACCAUAUUUUAACAACACUUAUUUAGUUGUGGCUGCAUCAUUGAAUGGAGGGAAUGUUUUAGCUACCUUCGUGAAAAUGCUUCAACAGUGGAUGAUCGAAUUUGGAUUUCCAAUACCUCAAUCUAAAUUAUGGGAGAAGCUUAUAGCUCUUGGUUUAGAGGCACCAGAAGGUACAAAUAUGAAGAUAAGUCCACUAUUAUUGGGUGAAAGACAUGCACCUACAGCAAAAGCAUCUGUGGAAAAUAUUGACUUAUCGAAUAUACAAUUAGGUCAUGUGUUCAGAUCUUUGUGUGAUAGUUUAAUAGAUAAUUUACAUUAUAUGAUGCCAAAAGAAAUUUUGCUACAUUCAAAUAUUAAAAGAAUAGUUGGGAAUGGUUCUGGAUUAUCAAGGAAUGCUGUACUACAGAGAGCUGUCGAGCAUUAUUACAGCUUGCCUUUAGAAUUCACAUCCGGAGGAGAUGCAGCAAAAGGUGCAGCUAUUGCUGUUUUAAAUGCUUCAUAAUCACAUUUAAUUGCUUCUUCAAUUAAUCAUGUUCAUUAUAAACAUAUUAUAAUAAUAUGUAUAACAACAUACUUUUAAAGUAUCUUUAACAUACAUCGUACCGUAUGUCAUGUGAUUUAUUGACAAAUACAUUUAAUGAUGUCCAGUAAUAUCUAUACAUAUAAUUUCUAAAUAUUUGUUUUCAAUUGAUUCUUAUAUUUCUUCUUACUCUGUUUUUUAUUUUUCUACAUUUAUUUCAACCGAGUCUUUUGCUGUACAGUAUUAAAC